AUGGAACGUUUUAAGAUAAUCAAGAAAGUUGGUGAAGGAACGUUUGGAAGCGUUUGGAAAGCGUUAGGUACACAAACUGGUGAAAUUGUUGCGAUAAAGACGAUGAAACAAAAGUAUCAUUCACUCGAAGAAUGUCUUAAUCUUCCAGAAGUGAAGUCAUUAAGAAAGAUGAAGAAGCACAAAAACAUUGUGCAACUCAAAGAAAUCUUAAUAGAAAAUAACAUCUUGUUCUGCGUUUUCGAGUAUCUGGAGUGUGACUUGUACAAACUUAUAGUGAGCAGGGCAAAAAAUCCUUUCUCGGAGGAUCAAAUAAGAAACUGGUUUUUUCAAGUAUUUCAAGCUCUCGACCAUAUGCACCGGUGUGCUGGAUACUUCCCUCGGGAUCUUAAACCGGAGAAUUUACUGGUAACAAAAGAUGAGUGGACGAUAAAAGUGGCUGAUUUUGGUAAAGCACGAGAAAUCUGUUCUCAACCACCUUUUACAGAUUAUAUCUCGACACGCUGGUAUCGAGCACCUGAAGUUUUGUUAAAAUCAUCCUCGUACAACGCUGCAGUGGAUAUGUGGGCAAUGGGUACAAUCCUGGCUGAAUUGUUUACGCUCUCUCCUCUUUUUCCUGGUACAACUGAAGCAGAUGAGCUUUACAAAAUUUGCGAUGUUAUUGGAAGUCCGAAUCAAGAAUCAUGGGCAGAGGGACUACAAAUUGCGAAAUCGAUCGGCUUUCAAUUUCCACAAGUUCCUGGUGCUCGUGAUCUUAAAAUGUUGAUACCGUCCGCUAGUGAUGCUGCUAUAAGCCUCGUAAAAUCACUUUGUUCGUGGGAUCCAAACAAGAGACCGACGGCGCAGGAGGCUCUUUAACAUCC